AUGUCGAGUUCUCAAAAUUUUCGAGGGGUUAGGGAGGGAAUUAAUCAAAGGGUAGUCUGUGGCCCAGAGCAAAAAUAUAUGAAGAGUGCUAGUUUAGUGUUUUUAGAGUCUAGUCUUUUCACCAUUUUGCUUGCUUCUCUCCAAUUUUUAUCAUUUUUCAGGAUUUAUGUCAGCAAUAUUCCAUUCAGCUUCAGAGGUCCCGAUCUCGUUCAAAUGUUCAGUCCCUUUGGCGUGGUAUCGAAUGCAGAAAUUGUGAUGAACGAACGCGGCUCAAAAGGAUUUGGCUUCGUGACACUUGACACCAAGGAAGGAUGUGAAGCCGCGCGCGCCGCCCUAAAUGGAAUGGUGGUCCAGGGACGAGUAAUCGAGGUAUGGGAACGUCUCGUUUCUAAGUACGCUGUGCUGUCAAUCAAGGCAAAACUGGGUAACUAUUGCAUUAUUAUCUCUACACCGCACAAUCUCGUUAAAUCGCAUUGCACGCAACUAGCAAUUAGAAUAGAAUAUUAG